AAGCCCUAAUUGAAUUGAACUGAAGUCAAACGCAACCAAAAUCCUCGUCGGCGCAUCAGAGCAUCUAACAAUGGCCGCUCAACAAGGCGACGGUUCUGAAGACGAUGCAACUCUAAGCCCUGUCACCGCCGCCAUUCUCCUUCCACCGACUGAACAUUGCCUCCACUCCAUCAACUCAACCGUCUUCAUCCGGCAGCUUCCGUCUCAAGGUCUCUCCUUCCAGCUCUGGCCAGCCGCCACCACGUUCCUCACUCUCCUCGACGACCACCGCCGUAACCCUAGCACCGGCCCGCUGGGCCCCACUCUCACGGCCUUGGGCUCGCGUCGCCCCCCGCUCAAAAUCCUCGAGCUCGGCUCCGGAACCGGCCUAGUCGGAAUCGCAGCCGCUGUCACGCUCGGAGUUAGCGUCACGGUCACCGACCUCCCGCACGUCAUUCCUAACCUUUCGUUUAACGUAAAAGCGAAUGCCGCCGUUUUGGCCGCGAACGGCGGGGUCGUCCACGUGGCGGCACUGAGAUGGGGAGAGGCCGAGGACGUGGAGGUGAUUGGGCGGGAGUUUGAUCUUAUCGUAGCCUCGGAUGUAGUGUACCACGAUCACCUGUACGACCCCUUGCUUAAAACGCUGCGUUUGUUGAUAACGGGUGGGGAGGAGGCGGAGGAGGAGGGAAGGGUGUUUGUGAUGGCCCACUUGAGGAGGUGGAAGAAGGACUCGGCUUUCUUCAAGAAGGCAAGGAAGCUUUUUGAGGUUGAGGUUUUGCACGUGGACCCACCGUGCCAUGGCUCCAGGGUUGGAGUUACUGUUUACCGUUUUGCAGGGAAAAAGUCAAGUAAGAAAUUGUUGAAAGCAAACAAUGCCAAUGCCAAUGCCAUUGCCUAACAAUCAAAAUAGAUCUGAUGUCUUCUUGGGUUUUUGUUCUUUGAUACCACAAAUUCAAUGCACUUUUAAUUUAUAACUUAAAAUCAAGACAAUUUUUACA